GACAGAGGAAACCUAAACUUUCUUCCUUCCCAGCUGCCCUCCACCCACUCCCACCAUGAAGAGGGAAAUAUUAACUUUGGCCUUCGCUCGAGCCGUCUUCGUCGAGUUCAUCUCCACUCUCAUCUUCGUCUUCAUCGGCCUCGGCUCGGCACUGAAGUGGCCAUCUGCACUCCCCAGCAUCCUGCAGAUCUCGCUGGCCUUUGGCCUGGCCAUUGGCACACUGGUGCAGGCGUUCGGCCACAUCAGUGGUGCCCACAUCAACCCUGCUGUGACCAUCGCCUUCUUCGUUGGGAAUCAGAUCUCCUUCCUCCGGACACUCUUCUAUGUGAUUGCUCAGCUGGUCGGGGCCAUCGCCGGGGCUGGCAUCCUCUACGGUGUGACACCAGCCAAUACCCGUGGCAACCUGGCCAUCAAUUCGCUCAACAACAACACAACCCCUGGCCAGGCAGUCGUGGUGGAGAUGAUUCUCACCUUCCAGUUGGCUGCCUGCAUCUUCGCAUCCACGGAUAACAGGAGGAAUGGCAACGUGGGCUCCCCAGCACUGUCUAUUGGCCUUUCUGUCGCUGUGGGCCAUUUGGUGGGGAUCUACUUCACUGGCUGCUCCAUGAACCCAGCACGGUCCUUUGGGCCUGCAGUCAUCGUGAGGAAGUUCAGCUCCACGCACUGGGUGUUCUGGGUUGGGCCCAUCCUUGGGGCUUGCCUGGCUGCUCUGCUGUACUUCUACAUCCUCGUCCCCUACUGCAUGAACAUGUCAGACAGGGUGGCCAUUGUCAAGGGCACCUAUGAGUCAGAGGAAGAAUGGGAAGAACAGAGAGAGGAGAGGAAGAAAUCCAUGGAGUUGACCCCACCAUAGAAGCUAACGGAAAAACGAAGCAGUAUUGGAGGAGGAAACUCCACACAUGGGCUCAUGUGUGCACAUGAACACAUCCAGCUACAGCAGACUCUUAAGCAAAAGCCUUCUAACUCAAAGGCCAUCCGUGACCAAGGAGGAACGGAGCAUUGCAGUGUGUGUAUAUAACCCCUCUACAUGAGCAUGAGCACUAGCAGCUCUCCCAGCUUUACUGCAGCCAACUGAGCCCAGCAAAGGAGGUUGCCCAGAGCAGCCCUCCGUGGUGAUCCCACACCCAACAGCUGCACCCCUUCAAGCCCUUCAAGCUGUCAGAUCUGCACAAGUCAGGGAUGCCUGAGACCAAGCAUUUGGCCCACGCAGGAUCUCACCCCACCUUUGGUGGCCCAGCAGAUGGAAGCACGGUGCAGACACCAGCAGAGAGGAACGACCACUUUGGGCAGGUGGGCACAGCAAGUCCCCCCAGUUCUCUCCCCACCUAUGCUGCUCAUAGAUGCUCUUUCACGCGUUAGUUGGUGCUGGUGCAUCCUGUUUAUUUGUGGCUGCAGAAAGAAUGCAAUUAUUAUUAUGUAUACAUAUGUAUUUUUUUGAUUUUGUGUGAGUUCUUUGUAAUGUCAUCUAUUAUUUAUUGUGAAUAAAGGAAAUUCAAAUCAAA